GGGAGGAGCGGCCCUGCUGCCUCGGGAACGCCCGGUGAGAGCCGCGAACGGGAGCGGGAGGAGCGGCCCUGCUGCCUCGGGAACGCCCGGUGAGAGCCGCGAACGGGAGCGGGAGGAGCGGCCCUGCUGCCUCGGGAACGCCCGGUGAGAGCCGCGAACGGGAGCGGGAGGAGCGGCCCUGCUGCCUCGGGAACGCCCGGUGAGAGCCGCGAACGGGAGCGGGAGGAGCGGCCCUGCUGCCUCGGGAACGCCCGGUGAGAGCCGCGAACGGGAGCGGGAGGAGCGGCCCUGCUGCCUCGGGAACGCCCGGUGAGAGCCGCGAACGGGAGCGGGAGGAGCGGCCCUGCUGCCUCGGGAACGCCCGGUGAGAGCCGCGAACGGGAGCGGGAGGAGCGGCCCUGCUGCCUCGGGAACGCCCGGUGAGAGCCGCGAACGGGAGCGGGAGGAGCGGCCCUGCUGCCCCGGGAACGCCGGGGAGUUCUGAGACCCUCCUUCCCCUCACGGCCCCGCCGCCAUGUCGGUGGAUCCCAUGGCCUACGAGGCGCAGUUCUUCGGGUUCACCCCCCAGACGUGCGUGUUGCGCGUCUACAUCGCCUUCCAGGACUACCUGUUCGAAAUGAUGCUGCUGGUGGAGGGCGUGAUGCUGAAGAAGCUGGACAGCAUUCCCGGCUGCAAAAUCAGCCCUCCCCAGCUCCGGAAAUGCACCGAGAAAUUCCUGCUCUUCAUGAAGGAGCACUUCGAUAAACUCUUCUCUAUGAUGGAAGAAAUGCUGCUGCAGCUGGUGCUGAACAUCCCUAAGAACGUGCUGUUGCCCGAGGACAGGGCGCAGGAGCAGUACCCCUGCAGCAAGGAGGAGUUCCAGGCGCUGCAGGACGAGCUGCAGCAGCUGCAGCAGCAGUGCAGGGCUGAGGCGGCCGCCGAGCAGCAGCUGCGGGCAGAGCUGGAGGAGCAGAAGGCUGUCAAGGCCGAGCUGGAGAAGAUUUUGCAGUGCUUUGAUGGGCUUGAGAACAUCUGCAGGGAGCACGGGGCCGGCAACUUCAAGGAAAGCUUUGCCCUCCUGACACAGAGCUCUAAGAAACUGCAGGAUGUGCUGAAAGAUGUUGAGGAGAAGAGCAAAAAAAUGAAGCUGUAUGAUCAGCUAAUGUAAUGGAAAUGCUGAAAAGGCAACAGAUGUCAUACAGAGAGCUUGGUUGAAAAUACAGGGGAUUAUCUUGCCCUUACUUUGCCAGGAUUUGAUCUAAAAGCUGUUGGACUGUGCCAGUUUGCACCUGUCUAAGGCAGGAAGGGGAGAAAAGCCUGCAAAAUUUAACUCAAAAUGUUAACUUCGUAAAUUUUGGUUGCAUAACCAGUGUUUGAAAACACUGAGUGUUAUCUUUAAAUGUUACCUUAGAACAUAGUGUAGCAAUUGCCCGUUUUAAGGGUUAUGAAAACAAGUCUCGUUACAGACUUGUAGGAUGUGCAGGUGAUUUCCAGCCUGAGGCUGGAGCAGGGGUCAAUGGGGCCAUGGGGACUUUGCAGUUCCCAAGGAGCUGCCUGGCCCUGGCCACAGUGCCUUUCACUGUGUUUGGAAAGCCAGCAAGGAGGAAAUGCAGGGAGAAGGAUGACACUGAUGCUAUUGACAAGGUUCUGAUCAGAUCUGUUGGCAUCAAACCAAAUUCCAGCCCACUUUCUGGAAUCUCAGGGUUCCUCACCUUUCCACCUGUGCUUGUGUUUCUCUCAGCACAGAGCUGCUGCUCCACAGAGCAGAAGGCACUGGAGGAAAUUAGUAAUUCCAUCACUUUGUCCUACUUCACUUUAUGUUGCUUUAUAUAUAUUUGUAAGGGGGUUUUUGUUGCCCAGUGUCCCUUUUCUACUAAAUAUUAAAGUUCCUUUUAAUAAUGUUUUAUCAGAUUUUCCUGUGAAAAUGUUAUGAAUACUGAUAAGCUCUUGUGUCUUAAUUAAACUUAUUCUCUCUGUACGUAAUUCAAAAUCCCAGCAGUCUGUGUAUCCUUCCAUGGCAGUUUUUUAAUCUCCUGUUUAGUCCUGUCAUUAAAUAUCAAUAUUAAUUCCUACUUUACUAGCAUAGAGGUUUAAAAGCCAUUAACCCUGUGAAUCAUUUAGAGAUGACUGCA